UACAAAAUGUCACGUCCUCAGUAUCCAGAACCAGCCAACGCUGACGGGCUCGCCUAUGGCCCCGGGUCCCAAGACCGAAUCCUUCUGAAGGAAGCCCUUUCCCAGACAGAAGGCGCCGUCGCCGAAAUCCCCAGCAUCAUCAACGGAGAACGCCUGUAUACUGGAAGGAAAAGCAAACAGGUCAACCCCUGGAACCACCGCGGCCAGCCUCUAGCAGAAUACCAUGAAGUCGACGCAGGAACAAUCAAGCAGAGGGCGAUUCCAGGCGCUCUCAACGCACGCAAGACCUGGGGCAAGAUGCCCUUCAGCGAGCGCGCCGCAAUCUACAAACGUGCUGCCCAGCUCGUCGCAUCUCCCAAAUACAGAUGGAGACUGAUGGCCGCGACGAUGCUGGGUCAGGGGAAGACGUGUGGGCAGGCAGAGGGCGACUGUAUCGCCGAAGUGAUUGAUACUUUCAACUUCCACGUCUACUUCUGCGACCAGCUGUACCAGCAGCAGCCGGUUAAACAGUUCGAGUCGUCCUCUAGCAGAAUGGACUAUCGACCACUCGAGGGGUUUUUGCUGGCUGUUUCGCCGUUUAACUUCACGGCCCUGGGCGCGCAUAUUGCCUUUACGCCCGCGAUACUGGGGAAUGUGGUUCUUUGGAAGCCCUCGCCUAUGGCUGUGCUAUCGAACUAUAUUCUAUACCAGGUUAUGGAAGAGGCAGGGAUGCCUAGUGGUGUUGUCCAGUUCUUGCCCACGGCUGAUCCUGCCAUCGUAGCAGGGACAGCUAUCAACAGCCCGCAUUUCGCUGGACUUCACUAUACAGGCUCCUCUGCUGUCCUGCGAACCCUCUGCAGCCAAAUCGGAACAAACACAGCCAUGUACAAGAACUUCCCUCGCAUUGUCGGCGAAAGCGGCGGGAAGAACUUCCAUCUCGUCCAUAGGUCGUGCAAGGACGAUGUGCAGUGGGUGGCGUCUGCUGCGGUGCGCUCGGCCUACGAGUUUCAGGGCCAGAAAUGCAGUGCAUUGUCUAGGCUGUAUGUGCCCAAGUCCAUGUGGGAACAGGGUGAUCUACGCGCUGCGCUGCUGGACGAAGCAGCUAAAAUGACACACGGCGACGAUGUCAAGCAGCUGCAUCACCCACUUGGUCCUGUCGUCUCGGAUGGCUCGUUCCAGCGCUUCAGGCAGUUCGUCGCCGACGCGCAGAAGGAAGGGCAUACCCUACUGUAUGGUGGAAAGACGGACGACAGUCGGGGCUUCUUCGUGCAGCCGACGAUUUUCGUGGCCAGGGAUGGCGAUAAUAGUUCCUCUGCCUUGAUGACUAGAGAGCUAUUUGGGCCUCUCUUCGCCGUGCAAACUUACGACGACAGCUUGCCAACCGCGUUCGAAGACGUCUGUGACCUCAUCGACAAGACAUCCGAGUAUGGCCUGGCCGGCUCAGUCUUUGCGCGCGAUCGGACGGCCAUCCGAGUUGCAGACGAGAAGCUGCGAGACUCGGUGGGGAUGCUCUGCAUCAACGACAAGAGCACCGGUGCUGUUAUUGGAGCCCAUCCAUUUGGAGGCGCCAGAUCCAGUGGUACGAACGACAAGGCGAACUCGGUGAAUGUGCUGCUGCGGUUCUCGAGUUUGCGCUGUGUCAAGGAUAACUAUGCGAUUGGCAGCGAGACACUCGGGGCCUGCCAUGUUGCGGAAUAGAUAGACUGGAUAGUUUAAU